GGUGCGUGAUUCGCGGGCCAUUUUAGUGCCGCCUCCGACCGCUGCAGUGCCGCCUCUGCACUCUCCCAGUGCCGCAUCCGCCGGCCCUGGUUCAGCUCCUUCAGCUCCUCAACUUCAGCUCAUCAACUCACACUCUCAGCAGAGAUGAGGGCCGCUCUGGUUCUGUGCUGUCUGCUGGCCGCCGCGGCUGCCGCCCCCCAGUUCUUCCGGCCGGGUCAGUUCCAGUUCAAUCGGCCGGGUCAGGCCACCGGCUCGGCGGCCGGCAACGUGGUCAGUGGCACGAGCAGCGGUCCCGGCGGCACCAGUACCGUCACACAGGUCUCCGCCGAGGCUGGCGGCUCGGUCCGCGGGCCCGGCGCCAGCUCUACCAACUCUGCCUCUGCCUCCAACGUGAACGCACAGACGCCGUUCGGCAACUUCCAGCAGAGCAACACCAACGCCAACUCGAACCAGAGCUCCGGCGGCGGCCGGCGGCCGUGCUUCGGCUUCUUCUGCCGCCCGGGGAAGUAGCCGCGCUAGCCGCCGGCAGAGGAUGGGAGGCGGAGGCAGAGGGCGGAGGACGGAGGCAGAGGGCCGGAGGACGGAGGCAGAGGGCCGGAGGACGGAGGCAGAGGGCGGAGGACGGAGGCAGAGGGCCGGAGGACUGAGGCAGAGGGCGGGGGCCGCAAUGGCAAGAAGAGCCAGACAGUGGCGGUGAUAACGCUGCGCGCGGCGUCUGCCGAAUUCUGUCUGCUUGUCGUGUGAUAAAAGUGCCUGACUUUUAAAGAAAUACUCACCUCACAUCUGACAAAUAAAAACUCAAUGCUCCUCUCAAA